AGUUGUUUAGUUUCCUUGAACUACGGAAGUUUAUAAAUUUCUGAAGUAUUUUUCUUAUUCUUAUUAAUUUUUAUACCGAAUGGGGUAUGCCGAAAUGACCGUAUGCUGGAAUGUCUUAUGCCGAAGUGUCUAAUGCCGGGCAGUGCAGUAGCCACCUGAAACUUUUGAACACAAGUGGGCACCAUGUAUUGUACGUAUUGCACUGCUGCGGGACAAAAUCCAGCUAUAAAUCGGAUACAAUCGAGAAAAUCGAUACAACUGCCAAGGAUUAAGUAUAUGGUCACUUCCGACAUUGCGACUAUAGAAAAAUGUGUAAAGUCGAAAUGUGGUGGAAUUCAUUUCUUAAAGCUAUAGCAUGGCAAAUGCGGGUUUUCAAGCAAUCGCGCUGCUGCCAAAUUUCGCCUCGCCGCAUUUCACAACACUAUUGCUGCACCGGGCGCCUAACUAAUUUCUUCGCGUCCGCUUUGUUAGUCUGCUGUCAGUCUAGUCUGAAUUCCAGUUAUAUAGAUUUAUCUGUUUGUUUGGAACUGUGAGCGUCGAGACAGACUUCUGAAUUGGAAUUCGUAACGGAUUUGUUUUGACUAGUUUUGAGCACGUUCGCACUCGGGGGCUAAGAGCGAAUCCAGAGCAGCAGACACGAAAUCAGCAUAAAAAAGGACAACGGAUUUCAGUUAACGUGAUUAUGGACAACAUGUACAUGUAUAAACUCUACUGCAAUAUGACCGUUGGCGCAGUUAUGGAUGCCAAUCUAACCGUUAUUAAGCCAAACAUUGACGCUGAGCCGAUAUGCAACUGUUCCGUUUUUCCAAAAGCGGAAGUCCGUUCCGGAGUGCAGUUGGAAAAUAUCAGUAAUUACCUUUCCCAGGAUUUUGUCAGUUAUUUCGCUAGAGACAGAAAUUAUUAUCAGUCUUGUGAAGUCAUCGGUAAACCGCGGUUAUGGUGGAUAUUUCUUAUCAGCAGUAUAUUAAGCUGGCUGACCUUAUACUCUAUCCUGGGGGUAUGGAAUAUCGUUAAAUGGUGCGGAUUGCGCAGUUCCAAGCAAGUACUGAAGAGACGGGCCUUCACCAUCAUCGAAGCGGAUCCAUCAUCCUUUCUGGAUGACUCCAACAGCGCUGGCGACGUCGUCUUGAUGUCUCGCAAGUGGACCUUUCAAUGGUAUCAUGUCAUGGAAAGGGAGGCCAAUCGCAUAGUAAACUGCCAGACACUGACGGGCCGAGUUGUGGCGAUCAUUGGAUUCUGCGUGGCGAUGGUUUCUUUCGGAAUAUAUUGUCAAGAUGUGGCAGACACAGUUCCCGAUUUGGAAGUGUGCCGUGCGUGGACGUCGACUGCGGAAUGGCAAGUGGACUUCGUAUGCAACUUGUUCUUCCUGGUGUACUUCGUUUUGCGGUUCUGCGCGUCAAGCCGGAAGUUUGUCUUUCUAGCCGAGGCUUAUUCCAUAGUGGACUAUUUUACUAUUCCACCGUCUAUUAUAGCGAUUUUCUUAGAUCGCAAUUGGUCAGGGUUACGAUUUCUGCGUGUGCUACAUAUACUCUCAAUUCCGGACGUGAUGCAGUAUGUGGGCAUCUUGAAGACCAGAACCCAGGUCACGCUAACCUUUCUUAUCUGCCGCCUGGCGUGUAUAAUCCUGGUUGGGAGUGGUGUUUUUCACUUGACCGAGAAUUUUUACACUGUACUGGAGCACGGACAUUCCUACUGGAAAUUUCUGUACUUUUCCGUGGUCACCAUCUCCACCGUCGGAUAUGGCGACAUCGCCCCGGUCACUGCAAUGGGUCGUGCUUUUGAUUGUGUGUACAUUCUUGGGACGAUCGCCUUAUUUGCAUCAUCGCUACCGGAAGUGGGCAAUAUGGUGCGAUCCAAACUAAAAUAUGGUGGAGGCUUCAAACCAGAAAGUGGCUUAGAACAUGUUGUUGUAUGCGGCCACAUCACCUUUAGCAUUGCCAACAGAUUCUUGGAAAAUUUCUUUAGUAGUGCCUACGAUACCAGCUAUUUGUGUGUGGUUUUUAUUAGUAAUCAGGAUCCGGAUAUGGAGAUGGAGGCGCUGCUGCGCAGUAACUUCGCCCAGGUGGAAUACCUUCAAGGCGAUGUUUUAAACUCCCAGGAUCUGGCUCGAACCGCCAUGCAACGGGCUCUGGCCUGUCUGAUCAUCGCCGACAAGAAGCCGGAGCAAACGGAUACUGAAGAUGCUACCAAUGUGCUCCGCGUCAUUGCCAUAAAGAACUUUCAUUCGAUGACACGAAUCAUUGUGCAAAUCUACCACAAACGUAACCAUGUCCAUCUCACCAAUCUCUCUAGUUGGAACUCGCUGAGGGGCGACACCAUUGUCAGCUUGUUUGAGAUUAAAAUGGGAUUGCUAGCCAAAAACUGUAUUGCCCCGGGAUUUUCGACAAUGGUGUCCAAUCUCAUGCGGGCGAAUCCGGAACUCGCAAGUUUUCCUUACAAUUUUUUCGGGCAACACGAUCAUAUUCAGGAGUUUGACUCUAUCGUCUUGUAUCAUUACACCGGAAAGAACCAACUGGUAUUACAGAAGUUGAGCGACUACUACACCGAUAUGUCAUUCAGUCAAGUGGCUCGGCACUGCUACGCGCACCUCGGGGUACUCUUAAUCGGCUUGUUCGAGAAGCCAACUUCCUGGGUGGCCGGGAUUGAGUUUGGGGAUAUAAUGAUCAAUCCAAGCGCCAUAUCGAUAACCACGAAUCAUAUGGGCAUUUUCAUCGCAUAUACUCAAGACGAAGUCGACAAAGCGUGGUAUUACUGCAAUAAAUGUCACAUCAAUACGAAAAGUCCUAACGACAUCACACCAUGUCAGCAUAAUUUGGGAAAGCGGGAUCCGUACAUAUUGCAGGAACGCAACCCCAUACGACGACUCUGGCUACAGUGCCGACGAUUUCAAUUUGGUGGCAGCGAAAAAGUCACUAGUGAAACACAUUCUACCCGAACUGUAUGGCAGGGAGCUGGAAUGCAAAUCGCAGAACAACGUGACACUGUUUUGGAAGAAAUCACUAUUCCGAUUCCGGACGUCUCGGCGACUGCCGAAAUUAAUCCUCCCUUAUCGGCAGUUUCUCUGGCCAUUAAAUCACGGGAAUCUGAGCUUCCGAGCACGCAGUCGGAGCUGAAUGCUGCUAUUCGCAAGCAUCACUGGGUGCCGUCACGUAGUUUCCAAGAAGCAAAAGCCGCUGCAGAUCCAAAAUCCAAGCUAGCCAUCCAAACCGGUUAUAGCGGCCAUAUUGUUAUCUGUGUUUUCGCUAAACCGAACGCGUCCCCAUUAGAUUUGUCCGAACUGGUGAUGCCCCUAAGAUCUGGGGAUAUUCCAUUUGAGCAUUUGAAAGAAAUUGUUCUGUUGGGGAAUACCGUAUAUUUGGAAAAAGAAUGGAACACGCUAAGCAACUUUCCUAAAAUAACUGUUGUGCGGGGUAACCCUUUGGAGCGCACGGAUCUGGAAAUGGUGUCGAUUAACGAAUGUGACACUUGCGUCGUAAUUCAGUCGAAAAGUGGUCAUUCUAAGGACGAGAUCCUAGAUGACAGAGAAGUGAUCCUCUCCACACUGAACAUUAAAGCCAUGAAGUACGAAGAACAGAAACAGCAGGAAGAAAAGCGGAGCGUUCAAACCCUGCAGUCUGGUGAAGAAAUAAAUGGGACAUUAAAAAAGCGGCAAAAGCUCAUCACAAAUAUAGAGCAUGACGAGAACAUAAAAUUUUUGGAGCGUGAUCGCACUAAUGCACAGCGGGACAUUCCGUUGUACUUAUCCAGCUCUUUCGUAUCGGGAGCCGUUUUUCUGGAAAGUGUUCUUGAUUCCUUGUUGGUUACGAGUUAUUUUGAACCGCUGGCGUGCUCAUUAAUUCGGAGCAUGGUGCACGGUCGCUCUCAAAUGGGGAUUAUGAGCGAAAGCACUGCCAGUGGCACGAACAUCAGCUACAUUCCAUGCCCUACUGUUCAGCAAGGUUUGCUCAAAGUGGUUAGGAUGUCGGAUCCGAUGUUCGCUAAAUAUAUCAAUGGACCAUACAGAAAUGUGGUUCUGGAAUCAUUUGCCAACGGAAUGGUGUGUAUUGGCAUUGGACGACUCGAUCAAAAGGUCGGACUGGAGAAAAGUGUCAGCAUGACGUAUCCGCUGACCAAUCCAAUGCCGGAUUUGAUUAUGCUUGAAUCGGAUGACUUGUACAUCUUCGCUUCCUAUCUGGCAUCGCCUAGUCGGCAUAACGAAUCGGCAUCGCCUCAGUUUCCAUCAGGAUGCCGCCGCACUAUUCUCGUUAGGAAAAGCGAACCCAAAGCGUUAACACUGAAGGCUUUGGCCACGAAAAAUAUAACUAAACAGGGCAGAAAAGUCAUAUAAUAAUGCCAGCCUUCAUGUUUGCCACUUUUCCUGCUGCAGUUUGUGUUUCUGUAGUUACGUACUUUUUUGAAGUGUUUCUGUAUUACUGUAGUUCCCAUCGUGGAGCUUGAUCUUACUGGGCAUCGACCGUAGCCACCAUAUUUUGUUUCCAAAGAUUGCGCGUACGAGUGCAUGACGAUUUUUGCAUGUUUAAGGGAACUUCCAACUUUCUUGGGAGGGAUGCAUUCGACAGCGGAUGCUGAGGCUGCUAGGUAUUAUGAGCAGAUUUAUGAAUAUAACAGUCCUGAUUCUUUCUUUGAUUUAAGCACACCAGUAAUAGUGAACAAGUACCCAGAAAACUAUCGAAGCAUCUAUGACAAACCUAUCGGCUCGCACCACAAUCUUGACGAACUUAAAAAGUGGUGGAGCAAUCAAAAAUCGGAAUAUAAUAUCGAUUACCGUUACAAUUUAGAUCAAAUUCGUGCCACUCGCCAGCAUUUGAUGAAUGUUAUUACAAACAAAAUAUCGGUAAUGCAGUGGAGCUCUACCUACUUGGAGAAACCUUCAUACGAAAUCGGCCUGAUAAUGCCUUUAAUGCACAACAGCCGUUCACCGAAAGCUACUCGAUCUGCAGGAAGUCUACAUCGGUUGCCAAUUACAUCAAAACUCCAGUCAGCAAAAGCUGACAGGAAGCUCUUGAAUGAUCAUAACGUUGCGAUCAGCAUUUUCGAGCCCCUCAACACAGAAACUCUUUCAUCCGUUUGUAAUGGCGAUGAAAAAACCCCUAGAAGUUUGUCAUCGUCGUCCCAUGGCUCCAUAACCAUUGAUUAUAGUGAUAAUUCUAGUACAACUUCUAGUCAUGACAUCUCGAUAAACAGCAGUGCCACGUUCUGCAUACGUGCGCACGAAAAUCCGACUUCUCUACCAUCCAAAAAAGCCGACUCCACUGUUCCCAUGAUAGCACAUCGAAGUCUUUCCAUAGAAGAAUCACUGUGGCAAGAAGUGAAUCGACGCAGUUGCGAAUCUCGCAAAGUAUCACGGAGUAAUUCAAGAUCCAAUUACAGCACCGGAUUCGAGCAAAACGCGGAGGCGUUUGAUCACGAAGAGGAAGGUGAUAUCUAUAUAACACCUGUAGAGGUUGAAUUCGGUUUACAGCAGCUAAUUGACGAUUCCGUGCAUAAUUUGACGUGGGCUACGAAAACGUUAUUCAAGUAUCGUUCCCUGCAGCACAAUCGGCAGCGACUGGAGGAACUGAAGCGGCAAAGUGCUACAUGUUUACCCGUGACCUUUGACGAUCCCUACCGGUUCUUUGUUUCCACGCCACAAUUGCCGUCACAAAAAAGAUUAACCGAACAAGAUAAUCAGAGAGAUUCGAUAUCGUUGACUUCGGGAACCAAUGCAUUACACGAAGAAAAGGAAUACCGUCACACGGAAGCAGUAGAAUCGAAAACCACGUACAGCGAGUGCGAAACAACAAAGGAAAUAUCAUAUCAGACACGUGAGUGGAACAAUUCGCAUAGACAAACAGAUAGCGAUCGCGGAGCAGCAAUUCAAUCAAGCAGUCCCACAUCCAUGGACGACUUUUCCAAAGAUCGGCUACCGAAGGCGGCGGCCAACCAAACUCCGAAACCUGCGAAACCUUAUAUACAAAAGACAAAGCAAACAUAUCCUCAAAAUCAGGAAAUUAGCGAAUACUCUCCUGGCAUGUUUGCGGUGGACCACCCUACCGAACAGACUCAGACAUUCGCACCUGGUGCGUUGCCUUCCCCAGAAAGCACUGCAAUUUUACCAGUUCCAGAUUGCCCUUCCUGCACAGGUGAGGCUGACACCCGCGAAGCAGAACCCUACGAAAACAUCCAUUUUUCCGAGUGCCCAAGCGAAUUUCCAGAGCAACAUAAUCACACACAUGUGCAUUUAGAUCUUCGCUAUCUUAAAUCAUGCGCUGACUUCAUGAAUGAAUUAGAAGUUAGUCAUCAUACUUACAUAGCUGGGCAAUCGCCUUCUCAACGGCUGUUCACCGAUAGUUGUGUCCGAGUUGCACCUGCACCCCGAUCUUAUCAUCUCAACACAUCGCUUUUCUCUCAGUUGUAUGACGAAAGCCGCUCUUCAACAACCAGUCGAAACCCCUCGCUUUCCAACAAAAAGCCUUUAGAGUCUCAAGGAAUUCCAAACGAAAAGGGGGUAGACUCCAAAGAAACAGCACAAAAUGUGGUGCAACAAUCAGCAUUACUACAUUUACCCAUAAUGACACUGAGUGAAAAAACCGGACCCUGUAUUGAGCUGCUAUCCGAUCAGUCCAGCGAAUCGACAUCACCGUGCAUUUAUUUUUACUGGGAUCAUAAUCUGAAGCAAUUGGGGCUGGAUAAACGCCGAGCCGCAGGGAUUUAUGCGAAAAUCGAAAUGUUAGAAAGGUGCAUGAAAGGGAUUUUGAAGAGCGACUCAGUGGCAUCUCAAAUCCGUGUACAAGCUAACGACUUGUCUGAAAAGGUUAUUAAGGAUCUUGUUUUGUCGGGAGACUGUCUUCAGAUCUGGCCACGGAGUCACCCCGUGGAAGAGAGAAUCAUCAAACUAAUGAUUAUUGUCCCAAAUGUUUUGUGCCAGGGAAUUUUUGAGGAGAAUCUGCGUGAGGGAUUAUAUUACCUGCGUAAUAUAAUGCAAAGCAAAGAUAAAGAAAUUUUAAUUAUCUGUAGUAAAUAACAUGAAAACAGCUGAAUGCUGUUCGGCUUGAAUUUCUGCUAGAAGUAAGCAGGCAACGGUAAUACUGGACAUUGUUUUACGGUAAUACGGUAAAACUAAGUAUUAACUAGGAUCUUGGUUAUCAAGGUAAUUUUUUAAUACAUACAGUACCUAUAAUGUUCACUUAGCCGUUUUUUUUGUCCACGUUGAAAGCGCGCACUGCUCGAUAUUUCUCUUGAAAACCGUGUACUGACGUAACGUACGGUAACUGACAA